UAAUCUCCUGAAAGAGCUUAACAUAUACAGUAUGAAUGUUUUAAAUCGCAGAUGAAGCUGAUGAAGUAUAGAUGUCCAAAAAGUGAAUAUAGAAAAAGGAAAAAGGAACUCAGUGGAAAUGUACACAAUUAAGAAUAUAUAUAUAUAUAUAAAAAAAAACCCACACAACUGAAGUGCAAUUUGUAUUUAUGGCCUCAGUCUUGCUAAUUGUCCAGGAUUGAAGCGCUAAUCAUGAGGUCUGAUCAAAGAGGGGCAUUUGGGGUCAUUUUUUGCCAUCAAAACAUGUCAAGUGAAAAGCGUUCUUCUUCAUAUAGGCCAGACAUUAAGUAUAAUACGAAAAAAAAAAAAAGGAAUACAGCACUUUGUUAAACUAUAUAAUUUAGUUAGUACUGGUAGAUUUGACUUAAAGUAAAAUGAAAUAAAAAAAUUAUAAUAAAUAUAAAAUGAAAUAAAUAUUAAAUACAUAUAAAAUAAAAUACAUAUAAAAUAAUAUAAAAUAAAAUAAAUAUAAAAUAAAAUUAAAUAAAAUAGUGGCCGCAUGUCUCGCUUAUGACCCGCCUCUCUGAUUCUUCGUCCAAUAGGAGAGAAGGACGCACUCGUCACUUCCGGUUCCUCUUGUAAACACAUGCUUGCUAGCAGCUGAUAACCAACUCGCAAAAAUGGUCCACAUUAGCAGGAUUUGUUUGCGGAAGUAUGGAAACUUUGUGGAUAAUCUUCGCCUGUACGUCCGCGGGGGUGGAGGUGGCAUGGGUUUGCCCCGUCUCGGGGGACAAGGGGGCAAUGGGGGAGAUGUCUGGGUAGUUGCAGCGAAGAACAUGACUUUGAAGAAGAUCAAGGACAAAUACCCUCAGAAGCGUUUUGUAGGGGGAUCAGGAGGCAACAGCAGUGUACGAGCUCUGAAGGGGGAAAAGGGGGCUGACAUGGAGGUCCUUGCUCCUGUUGGGAUUGCUGUUACCACUGAUAGUGGAAGAAUACUUGGUGACCUAAAUGAGGAGGGGGAUCGUGUCUUGGUGGCAAAAGGAGGUUCAGGAGGCUCCCUCCACUCUGCCUUUGAGCCCACGAAAGGCCAGGCUAAACACAUACGGCUUGACCUCAAGCUCAUUGCAGAUCUGGGGCUUGUAGGGUUCCCAAAUGCAGGAAAAUCCUCUCUCCUGACAGCUCUGUCCAAUGCCACACCUCAAAUCGCAAGCUAUGCAUUCACAACUUUAAGACCGGAGAUUGGGAAAGUGAUGUAUCCAGAUUACAAGCAGAUUUCUGUUGCUGAUCUCCCAGGGUUGAUUGAGGGGGCUUACAUGAACAAAGGCAUGGGUCACAAAUUCUUGAAGCACGUGGAAAGGACAAAGCAGCUCUUAUUUGUGGUGGAUGUUUGUGGCUUCCAGCUUGCAAGUAAAACACCCUUCAGGUCGGCUUUUGAAGCUGUGCAGCUUCUUACCAAGGAGCUGGAGUUGUACAAAGAGGAGGUGGCGUCUAAGCCUGCGUUACUGGUUGUGAACAAGAUGGACCUUCCUGAUGCUGAAGACAAACUAGCUGAGCUGAAGGAGCAACUAAAUAACCCAGAAGAGUUUUCUGAUUUGCUGCCUGGUGACAUGAUACCCAAGAACUACCUGACCUUCCGACACGUGGUCCCCGUUUCCGCCAUGACCGGGCUGGGAAUCGAUCAUUUGAAGAGCUGCAUCAGACAGUCUCUUGAUGAAGAAGAUGCCCUGGAAUCCAGGGACGUGCUUCAAGAAAAGCUGCAGGCACUGAGGCUUCGCUCGCAAUGACGUUUGUGAGAAAUAUGGACUUUUCAUGUAAGCGAGGUGUCAGAAAAUGGCGAAAUUCCCAGUGGUGAGAAUGUAGGGAUUCAUUCUCACUAAAACAGGGAGGACUUUUGAUCCAUCUUUCUACACACAAAAAAAAGAAAUCCCAGCAGAGACAGAUGUGUUGAUGAAAGUUUAUUUUUAUAUUAAAUAUAUUACAAUACUGAAUGAAUAAAAAGAGAAAAAAAAAA